AUGGCAUCGCGGCGCCAAGUAGGCGAAGAUGGACCCGAUCAGCCAUCGCGCCGAUUAAAGAGAAGAAUCACUGAGGAUGAACUGGAGGAUGAGGCUACGAACGGUGGACAAAAGGAGAACGGGAAUACUCAUCGUUCUUCAUCGGCCAAAGAUAAGCGUCGGAAAAUCGUAGAAGAGGAGCCAGAAGAUGAGCGAUCCGAUGGCAAUGACGAUGCUGCGGAUGAGGAGGAAGACGAGGAAGAGGUCAACAGCACCCAGGGCAAUGGCUUCUCCAUGUCUCAGUUGUCGCAAUACCCAGCCUCCACCCCCAACGGCAACAACAAAGGAGGCUCGAAUGCAGAGGGAUACAAGCGAGGCUCCAUCGUGCGCAUACGCAUGAUCAACUUUGUGACCUACACCGACUGCGAGGUCCGUCCCGGUCCUCGGCUAAACGUGGUCAUGGGACCCAACGGCAGCGGGAAAUCGACCAUCGUGUGCGGUCUCGCCCUCGGACUCGGCGGCGCACCCACUAUCCUCGGAAGAGCCAAGGAGGUGCGCGAGUUCAUCAAGCACGGGAAGGACAAGGCCACGAUCGAGAUCGAGCUCUGCAACACCAAGGGAAGGAAUGUCGUCGUGCAGCGCACGAUUCUACAGGACAACAAAUCCCAGUGGAAGUUGAACGGCCACGGCGUGGGCAAGGCCAGGGUCAUGGACGUCAUGAAGAAGCUGAACGUGCAGGUGGACAACCUGUGCCAGUUCCUGCCGCAGGACAGAGUGUGCAACUUUGCGGCCCUCACUCCGCCCCAGCUGCUGCGCGAGACGGAAAAGGCUGUGGGGUCGGAGGAAAUGAUCAAUAAGCACGACAGGUUGAUCGAGCUGAGGACGAAUUCGAAGGUAUUGGAGCGCACGGUACUCGAGCACGGCACCCACUUGGACAAUCUCAAGAAGGCCAACCAAAGCCUCGAGCGAGACGUCCUACGAUUCAGGGAGUACGAAAAGCACGUGAAAACGGCAAAAGAGCUGACGAUGAAGAAGCCCUGGCUUGAGUUCGAGGCCGAACGCAAAGCGGCCCUCACCUUAAAGGGACGAAUGGACGAAGUCAAGGAACAAAUCAAGGAAAAAGAGAAAGCGAUGCGGCCGCUCAAGCAGAAGCUCGAAGAGUACGAAGCGAAGAUCAAGCAGUUCGACGUGAAGAAGCAAAAAGGAGCCGAAGAGCUGGUCAGGCUAGACAGGCAGAGGAAGAACAUAGGCGAGCAGAGCGAAAAGUAUGCGGAGGAGUGCAGCGCGCUGGAGGAAGAGCUCGAGAAGCUGCUGACGCGCGCCGAGGAGAACAAGCGCAAGGCGCAGCAGGUGGCCGCAGAGAUCCAGCGGCUCGAGGACGAGCUCGCGCAGCUCGGCGAGGCCCAGGAGGAGGCCUCGCAACAGACCGCGCAGAUGAACGAGCGCUUCCGGCAACUCACCGACGACAUCACCUCGGCCCAGUCCGUCGAAGUGGAACGCAAAGCAGACCGAGCACGGGCGAUGGAGGCGGCCCAGCAGUUGCAGCGACAGCUCAAGGAGUUGGACGACCUUCGCGCGCAAAAGGUGGAGAACCUCCGAAAGUGGAACAAGGAUGCCCACAAUGGAUACCUGUGGCUGCGCGAGAACGAAAAUAAGUUCGAGAAGAAGGUCUACGGCCCGGUUGCCCUCGAGGUGACGGUGCCGAAUCCGCUGCAUGCGCGCUACCUUGAGAUGGUCACGCCCGGGUGGGUCAUAACCGCCUUUAUCUGUCAGACCUCAAAGGACCAUGACACCUUGCUGCAGGAGCUCUACGAUAAGCAGAAACUUAGGAUCAGCGCCCUGUACAACGAACCCUACGACCCGCGGCGCAACCCCAACCCGUGUCCUCUCGAAGAGUUGACCAACUACGGCGUCUCGCAUUUUAUGGACCAGGUAUUUGAGGCGCCACCGGUGGUGAAGGCCGCCCUGUGCGGGCAGGGCAACGCACACCUGUGGGCCGCGGGCACGCAUGAAUCAAUCAAGCACGUCGAACAAAUCAUGAGCCAUCAAAGGCUCAAGUAUUUCUUCACCCCCGAGUCGCAGUACGCCAAGAACGAAUCGCGCUACGGCGGCGGCUCAUCGGUUUCCGUAAUGUCCGUGAGGGACGGCCGUUGGUUCUCGGGAGUCAACGUGCAGAAGAAGGAGGAGCUCGAGAGGGAGUACGCGGAAGCGCGCAGGAGCCAGCAGCUUUACGAACAGGAGAUCAACAAGUGCAAGGAGAUCGAGAACAACGCGCGAAGGCAACAGCAGGAGAUCACGAGAGAAAAAGAGAAAUUGCGAAAGGUGGGGGACCAGAUCAAGUCGGUGCGCCUAAGGAUCCAUUCGCGGAAGACCACGCUGCAGCAGCUCGAGCAGGAGGAGGACACGACGGCCGAAAAGGAGCGGAUCCGGACCACCAUCAAGGAGACCCUCACGGCCCGCUACCGCUGCAUUCUCAAGACCCGCGAGCUCCUCGAGCGGAUCAUCGCCAUCACCAUCGAGCAGGACAAGCUCGUCCUCCAGCGCUCGCAGUUUGAAACGCUGGUGCACGAGCUCAAGACGCAGUCCAUGCAAGCCGACCACGAGGCCAAGCAGCUCCAAGUCGAAUUCGCCCACGCCAAGCGGGAAUUCGAUGAAACCAGGGCGAAAGCGGUGGAGCUGAAGGCCAACGCCGAGCGGCUGACGGGCGUGCUCACCGACGAGCUGAAGGAGAUGUUCAAGGACAUGCCCAACACGCUGGACGAGCUCCACGAGGCCAUCGAGGAGGCGCGGGCGCGGGCGGAGCUGUCCUACCAGACCAACCCGAAGGUGAUCACUGAGUACGAGACGCGGUGCGAGGAGAUCAACGCGCUCGAGGAGAAGCUGGUGGCCGAACAGGAGCAGCUCAACCAAUGGGUUCCGCCGCUCGAAGAACUGGUGGAGCGGAUCAACGGCUCGUUCAGCAAAUACUUCGAAGCCAUCGGGUGCGCCGGCAAGAUUCAACUCGACCAACACGAGGACUUUGACAAGUGGGGCAUCACCAUUCAUGUCAAGUUCCGCCAGCAGGACUCCCUCCACCAACUCAACGCCCAGACCCAGUCCGGCGGAGAGCGCUCGGUGUCGACGAUGCUGUAUCUGAUAUCGCUGCAGGACAUCACCGACUGCCCCUUCCGUCUGGUGGACGAGAUCAACCAGGGCAUGGACCCGAGGAACGAGCGCAUGAUCUUCCAGCAGGUCGUCAACUGCGCCUGUCGGCCUGGACUCCCCCAAUAUUUCCUGAUCACGCCCAAGCUGCUGCCGGAUCUUCACUUCACGCCCGAGAUCACAGUGUUGUGCGUGUUCAACGGACCCUGGCAGCUUCCCCAGGCCGAAUGGAAGGUGGAUCGCUUCUUGGAGCGGGCAUUCAAGAAGCAAUGA